UUUGUAUUUCCAGCGUCCUGGAUGGGCUGAAAAGAUGGCGGUGAGGGAAGAGCGACGAAACUUACUGGAUGAGGAUAAUUCCCUCUCAAGCCCGGUCAGAGAUGACAGCGGCACCGCCAGACCGAUGGCCGCCAUCUGCGACCCGAGCAGAAUUCACCACCGAAUCGUUGUGUUGAUGUUCAUGUGCUUUUUGGGUUUCGGUAGUUAUUUCUGCUAUGAUAACCCGGCCGCCCUACAGACACAGGUCUUACAGGACAUGAACCUGAACACGUCCAAAUUCAUGCAGUUAUAUGCGUGGUACUCCUGGCCCAAUGUGGUAUUGUGUUUCUUGGGAGGGUUUUUGUUGGACCGAGUGUUUGGUAUUCGUUUGGGAACGGUGAUCUUCUCCCUCUUUGUUUGCGUUGGGCAGGUCAUUUUUGCAGCAGGUGCCUUUUUUAAUGCUUUCUGGCUAAUGGCACUUGGACGCUUUGUGUUUGGGAUUGGAGGCGAGUCCCUGGCUGUGGCCCAGAACACGUAUGCAGUGAACUGGUUUAAAGGGAAAGAGGUGAACCUGGUGUUCGGACUUCAGCUCAGCAUGGCCCGGCUGGGCAGCACUGUCAACAUGAAUAUUAUGGGAUGGGUGUACAACCGCAUCCAGGACCUGAUGGGCCACGCGGGCCACACCACUCUGGGAGUCACACUGCUCAUCGCUUCAUCAACUUGUAUAUUCUCCUUACUUUGUGCACUGGUCUUGGGCUACCUGGACAAGCGAGCAGAGAGGCUUUUAAACAAAGAGCAGGGCAAGACUGGGGAAGUGAUCAAGCUGACGGAUGUGAAGGACUUCUCCCUCUCUCUGUGGCUGAUCUUCAUCAUCUGUGUGGCCUACUACGUGGCCAUCUUCCCUUUCAUCGGACUCGGCCAGGUUUUCUUCAUAGAAAAGUUUAACUUUUCUCCCACUCAAGCAAGAGCAGUGAACAGUAUCGUGUACAUCAUCUCGGCCCCAGCAUCCCCUGUGCUGGGCUUCCUGGUGGAUAAGACGGGAAGGAACCUCAUCUGGGUUCUGUGCGCUGUGGUUACCACACUGGCUUCUCACAUGAUGCUGGCCUUCACCUUCUGGAAUCCCUGGAUCGCCAUGUGUCUGCUGGGCGUGUCCUAUUCCCUGCUAGCCUGUGCCCUGUGGCCCAUGGUGGCCUUCGUGGUGCCGGAGCACCAGCUGGGAACCGCCUACGGAUUCAUGCAGUCCAUCCAGAACUUGGGCCUCGCCCUUAUCGCCAUGGCUGCGGGCGCCAUCCUGGACAACAGGGGCUACCUGUUCCUUGAGGUCUUUUUCUGUGCCUGCAUCUGCAUGGCAUUGAUAGCGAUCGUGAUGCUCUACUUCGUGAAUUAUCUCAGAGGAGGAGAGCUGAACUUAUCUGCCUCUGCUAGAGCCAAACUCCAGAAGAGCUCCUCUUCAGAUUCUGAGUGAGGAUAUUGAGCCCUGUGGGCCACAACCAACUGUCACCACCAACCUGAGGAGCCUCAGCUGUCACUCACUCACCUGGGGCAUUACUGCAUCACACCUUUGACUCCUCCCACAACUGCCACUGGCUCACUGACCUCACCUUUUCUCUGGGCUGGUUUAUACCUUGUUUUUACUGUUUUUGUAAUACUGGAUCUUUUAAUAUGAGUGAGUGAUUAAGACAAAAUUGUACUCCUUCCUUCUGAGAGUAUCUCAUGCGCUUAUCAGAGUCUCAUCAGGAAGUGAACAAACUAAACUUGGAAUCGGGCAAAACGCCAGAUAAGGGGUCAGUCCAUGGUUUUGAUUCUGAGUAAAGUAUAAAUCAGUCUGUGCACUAACAAGUCCAACUCCCUGUGCAUUCUGUGGUGAUAGCAGUGGUGAUGGUGAGCUUAAGGCACUGAUCUUCAUUAACUCUCAGUAAACAGUGCAUGUACUCUGUCUUCCUUUCCAAUCAAAUGCCUUUUAAUCUUUUAUAAAACGCGUUCGAAAAUGUUGUCUGUACAAACAGCUUUGGCAGAACAAUCAAUGUCUAUGCUUUAUAGAGGUGCACCGAUGUAUAGGUUCUCAGCAUGGGAUUGGCUCUGAUAAAUCGUUAAAAAGUACUUUAAAUUUCCAAUCUAAGACCAAUUUUUCACUUGUAUAUAGUGAGAUA